UAUGUUAUCAUAUUGCUUUUUCAGAGACAGGUUUUUAAUAAAAAUCACUUAUACUAGUCUUAUAGCCAACUUUAGCUUCGGGAGUAUGAAUCGUUAAAUAGACGUUGUUUCGCAGUUGUCGUAAGGCUCAAAUGUUAAAGCCGAUCUAAAAAAUAAAAAAAUAAAAAAACAUUCACUAGCUUAGCCAAGAUUGUCCAUUUCGCCUCAGUCUGUAAUGUUAUACUGUUCAGCUGCGAAACAAGCCAUGCGGAGAAAACUGCCUAAAUGAUAUGCCUGGCUACGUGUGUCCAAUUUAUACUGACUUGUACUAGCUCUUUACCUGAAAAGUCACCGGACUCUUCUUCUGGGUCAAGGCUUCAUCGCUGAUGAUGGAUCAGUACCAUAUUUUGGAGGUUAUCGGGGAAGGGUCAUUCGGCCGAGUGUACAAAGGCCGCAGGAAGUUUAGCGGCCAGGUCGUGGCUCUGAAGUUCAUUCCCAAAGUUGGUCGCUCAGAGAAGGACCUGCGAAGUUUGAAAAGAGAGAUUGACAUCAUGAGGGGGCUUAAGCACCCCAACAUAGUGCUGCUUUUAGACAGCUUUGAGACAGAGAGGGAGGUGGUGGUGGUAACUGAGUAUGCAGAGGGUGAGCUGUUUCAGAUCCUGGAGGAUGAUGGGAGUUUACCUGAGAAUCAGGUGCGUGAAAUAGCCUGCCAGCUUGUUUCUGCCCUGUAUUAUCUGCACUCCCAUCGCAUUUUAUACCGUGACAUGAAACCACAAAACAUCCUGCUGGGAAAAGGAGGAGUAGUAAAGCUCUGUGACUUUGGAUUUGCUCGUGCCAUGAGUGUGUCCACCUUGGUGUUGACCUCUAUUAAGGGGACUCCUCUCUACAUGUCUCCGGAAUUAGUGGAAGAGAAACCUUAUGACCACUCAGCUGACCUUUGGUCUCUGGGCUGCAUCCUCUAUGAGCUCCACACGGGGGCGCCUCCGUUCUACACCAACUCCAUCUUUCAGCUGGUGCAGCUUAUAGUGGCAAGCCUCAACUUAAAAAAGGAGUUGGAACUGCCUCAUCUACUGUUCAACCUGACUGAAGACAUCCUGAACAUUCCAGAUCUAACGCAGGACUCACAGGGUGAGAUAGUUUUGGGAGAUCUGAUGAAUGUUCUCAUAAUGUACCUGGAAAAGAGCCCGGGCUGGGAGAUAAAAGGGAGGAGAGCUGAGGAUCUCUGUCAGCUAUUUAUAUCGGUAUUUCUCUGUCGAGACCCAAAGCGUUCAGCGCUUUUGGCAACAGCAGUCUUAACCUUGUUCACUCGCCGUGGUAUAUCUGUGAAUGUCAGUAUGGAAGGGCUUACAGCCUUUUUGGGGAAUAUUUUGACAGACACAGCAGAGGCACAUAACCCCUUACCUGCAGGUUGGGGCAUGUGUGAUGGCCUUCUGUCACUGAUUCUCCACAGACUAUCUGAGUGUGAUAGCAGCUCACUGCUCGACUUUCAGGACUCAGAGCUUUGGCCCUGCUUGUGGGCUAAAGUAAACACCACACUGGAAACCGCAACUCCCCAGAGUUGCCUUUUUUCUCCGAAUGGUCUGUACGUGUUCCUCUCUCUCGCUUUAUUGGUUUUCUCCAGCGAUUCGUAUAACUGUGUGGCUCUCCUGUCGGAUAACUCCACAAACUGCUCCUCUGCCCUCAGCCACCUUCUCACCACCAGUUGUGCUGCAUUGCUUGAGCGCAGUAUUUUCUGGGGUGACUCAGAAAUAAGCAGCCUAUCAGUGAUGAGCUGUCAACUUCUCUGCAUCCCCUUCUCUCUGGAGUUACCCUUAGAAAAACUUAUUUCUGUUCUCAGAUCGUAUCAAAGCUCAAAUAUUGUGGCUGGUUUAGUUCAGUCUAACAUGUGUUCUGUUCCUGUUGCCCUGGUGGUGCUUCCAUUGUGUCUUCUGAAUCGUCUACUGCUAUCUGACCUGCAGCACACCGCUCCAUGCCUUAUCACUGCAGCCCAGGCCACCUCUUUCCUCCCUUACUGCACCGAAUGCUCAGACAAUAGAGCAGACCACACUCAGAAUCAACUUAACCACUUCGGGAAUGGUGUGGAGCAAUUUAAGAGCAAUGGAAUUGCAAAAAAAAACAAGAUAGAUCAUAACAAAGGUGACAUCAAAUCAAAGAAGAGGUUAGAGCAGCUCAAAGGCAAUGUAGAUGCAUCUAAGGAAAAAAAUGAUUCUAUAAAGACUCAAUACCAGUCAUCCAAAAACAAGAAUGAGAAGAUCAGAGACAUCCAAGCAAAAACCAAAAUAUAUCCACAGAAGACCAUGGACCAUCUAAGAGAUAAAAUAGAGCAGCAGGGCAGUUGUAUAGAGGAGCUCAUGGACAGUUUGGAAAUCCAUGGCAGUUCUGUAGGGCGUCUCCAAUAUCUCUCAUCUCAGCAAGGGUGCAACAUCAGCUGGCUUAUAGACAGUCUGGAGGAGUUAAGAAGUUGUGAUCACACCAAGGUCUCCACGGCUAAAAUUCGAUCCUCACCAGAAGAGGUCAGAACAGCAGGUUCUCUGUUGGCUGUUUUGCUACAGAGUGAACUUCUCAGUGGGUGCGCAGUGGAACUCCUUAUCCUUCUCUCCCACCUAACACGUCAUCUCACCCAUCAGUCUUCCUUCUUUCUUCCUGUUGAAACCACCCAACUGCAGUUUGCAUUGCGCCACCGAGAUGAUGGAAUCCGAGCGGCCUGCUGUGGCUUACUGGGCCACCUGGGCUCAGGUGUCAGGCAGGUCAUCGGUGAAUCAAACUUUGACUUAUUCCAGGACCUGUUAGGUUGCUUGUGCGAUCUUGCUCCAUCCGUUCGUAGGGCAGCUUGCAAGGCGGUGGGAAACUGGCUGAGUGUAAUGAGAAAAACCGAUCUAACUAUUUCCAAUAAAGUUUUCAAGAAUACGACUGGCAUUAAUGCCUUGUUGGUACAAGACAAAUUGAAGAGGACACCAACAAUGGAAGGCAUCAGACACAGUGAGAGAGAUGUAUGGAUAGAGCUGGCCAUGGGAGCUGCUCGUCCCCUCGUGUCUCUGCUGUCAGAUGCUGAUAAUGUCAUUCGACAGCACUGCUGUGGGGCCUUGGGUAACCUGGCUGCUUUUGGCGGAGGGGAUGGAGCACUUCUCAGUGCAGAUGCUCCAGGCUUGAUUCUCCAAACUGCCUGUAAUGAUUCCCAUCAUGCAGUGCGUCGGGCGGCUGUGGCCACUCUGCAUGUGUUUAGCCAACAAAACACAUUACUGCAGGCUCUGAGGUCUCUAGAUGCAGGAAGAAAACUCUGUCGCACAUCCCAAAGCUCUUUAUUUCAGAGGGAUUAUCAAUGGUUUGUCAGCAAGUUGGACGGGUCGGUUGAAGGAAAAACAUAAACAUCAGCCUCAUAGUUUGUGUGUAAGAGAGAGGAUGUAAUUU